UCUAUAUAUACUUGGCUCUAUAUAUACUUCUUGGCUCAAUUUUUCGGGAAGUAGUUAACGUUCGCCUUUCACGAACGUGUGUUCAGCUGCUUAAACAUUAGAAAAAUCCAAAAUGAAGAAUUUGGUGAUUAUUAUGGCUGUGCUGGUCGUCAUGAUAAUGGUUCAUGGUUUUGAUAAUAAUCGCGCAGAAAAGUUUAAAGAGGAUCUCAUCAAGUGCAGACGUGAAGUCGGUCUUCACAAGUAUCAACCCUACAAAUUGAUAUUAUUAUGCGCAUUUGGGGCGGACGGAAGUAUUUAUGACGAGCACGAAGCGAUUAAGAAGGAUGCAGUUUUGAACUUAUUAGAGCAUGUUAUCGCCAACGAAACCAUACUGGAGCAAGCCCAAACAAAAUUCAAGACAUGCUAUGACGACGUGGUUGGAAACGCAGUCAUUAGUCACCAGCAUACGGAUAUCUUAGGCAUGUGUACUGCGCCAAUCGUUAAAAUCUUUAUAACGUUACAAUGAAAAUGUAUUUAGACUUCGUCCAUAUCGUUUACGAAAUACUUUCAUUAUAUCUUCCUUCCUGGUUUUUCUUUAUAAAUUUUUCUAUGCGUCAUUUCACCAUUUUAUGUUGAAUUAUAUGUUCAUAAUAACAGUUCAAUAAAAUGUGUGGUUUUUCCAAAUAAA